CAGGGGGCCAGCUGUCUACAGUUGAUUGACUUUGGACAUGCUAUCGACAUGAGCCAGCUGCCGCCUGGCACAACGUUCACCUGUGCGGUGACAACAGCUGGCUUCGUCUGCACCGAGAUGCGCGACAGUCGCCCAUGGACCUUCCAGACUGACUGGUUUGGCCUUCUGGGAUGCCUGCACCUGCUCUUGUUUGGACACUGCAUGGAGGUCGAGAAGACGCCCAAUGGCUCUUGGUGCAUCCGGCGCAAGUUCACAAGGUACUGGCAACAGGACCUAUGGAACCGGCUCUUCGCGACACUGCUGAAUAUUCCAAGCUGCUUGGAGCUGCCAGACGUGACGCAGUUUUCAUUGGAAAUUCAGAGCCUCUUGCAGAAAAAGUCAUGUGCCAAUGAUGUGGUUUUGGAAAGCUUGAAAGCCAAGAACAGUUAA